GGCUGCGGGUGGGGCGGCUGUUUGCUCAGUGGCGCGGCCGGAGGAGGCGUUUCUCCGCAAAUGCAGCGGAUCCGGGUGGUCAGGUGUCCAGACGGCUCAAGUCCCGGGCCUUGCCCUUGCCAUGGCCGAACGGCGUGGGGGUCUGGGGACCCGCCUGGUCCGCCUCUUGGCCGGACUAGGGGUCCGGAGGGAGCGCAGGGGGAAGGAGACCUCGGAGGAGGCCACAUCCGGGGAUAGGCCUUGGAGUGGCCAGAGCUGCCCUGACCUGGCUCAGGGCCAGGGCAGCACCAGCCAUGUCAGCCUCAAGGCCCAAGCCCAGAGCAGCUCAGAAGGGGAUCUCUGCGCAGGCAGCCAUGGUGGUUUCUGGAUUUGGAAGCGAAGGCGCAUCUCAGGUGGGCCCACUCAGCCCCUGGGGCGCCUACAGAGGCCAGCUGUGGGCAGCACCUCUGACCUGGCCAGCCAUGCCUUCGUGGGGCCUGAGAGCCUGGCACUGGCUGUGGCCUCAGCAGAGCCUGCUGGUACCAGGCACCCCUCUUUCCCGGGGCCGGCUCCUGGACUUUGGGAACAGGGGUUCCCAGGCUGUGCCCGUCAGCAACCUCCAGACACAGCCCCAGAGGUCCCUCUGAGGCCUGAGCCACCCAGCAACCUGGAAGACACACCCCUGCUGCCCUGCCCAGCCUCCUUCUCCAUGGCAGAGGGGGCAAAGGGCGAGCCUGGCAUCCCAGGGCCAGCCCCACCGGAGCCAGCUCAGACCCUACACACGCAGCGUCCCUCGACCAGGAGGACCCGCUACUGCAUCACUGUCACCCUGCAGGGGCUCGGGCAGGCACCUGGGGAGGAGGGUGAGGAACCGGCCCAACCAGCUCCACACCCCUGCGGCCCUGAGGAAUCCAGGGGCUGGCGGGAGCCUCUCCAGGGGCCACGCCCCAUCACGGGGUGUCUGACUGCCCAGCCCUGGGAGCCCCGGCUGAGAGCCCAACGGCAUCAGGGCAGCGUAGCCCAGCGGCAGGAGCUCCGGGCUGGCCGGCCACCUGGGUCCCUACGCAGACGGGAGCUGGACCACAGUGAGACAAGGAGACCACAGGACAGAUCACCAGGGCCCAACAUGGAGGAGGCAGGUGGGCCCCCGGCCCGGGCUGAGGCGCGAGUGGUAAGUGCCAUACUGACGUGGCGGCAGCGGCCCCCUGCCCAGGAAGAGAUCAGACACCGUUUUCACAAGGUGUCCCUGGUAUCAGGGGCCCAGAUGGAAGCCCCCCGGGAGGAGAUGUUUGAGCACAGCCACCAUCGUGGAGAAGUCAAUGGCUUUGCUACACGGGAAGAAGAGACUGUGAGUUGCCAAGGCCCUCGGGAUGGGGCUGGCUCCAAGAACUUCCAGAGCCAUGGGCCCAUCUUUUCCAAGAAGUACACGCCACCCCCCAAGGAGAAAAGGCCAGUGAGGAGGCAGAAGGAGGCCAUGGACCAGGGCGAUGGCAGCACCCAGCCUCCCAGUACUGAGCCCCCAGGCUUGGGAGCCAUGGCCAGGACUGAGUUCUUAGUGCCCCUGCCUGGGCCCCGAGAGCCAAGCCCUCACCCAGGUGUGGGUCUCACUAGUGGGAGCUCCUGGAGCCUCGAGGAACGGCGGGUGACACGCACAGUGCGGACCACCACGAUGGUGGGAGGGCACGUGGACAAGCGGGUGAGCAGCUCUGUGACUGUGGGACCGUCACUUCCGGGUGAGGCCCUGCCAAGGGGCCGCAACGUUGCCCGCACGGUGAGGGCAGUGGUGGUGAGCCCCCGGGCCGAGGGCUCGCCCAGCCACAGCCAGGCCCUGGAAUUGCUAACCAGCCUCGUGCCUGCUGAGCACAACCCACCUGCCAGCCACCUGCCUAGGCCUGUGGCUUCCGUGCCAAGGACCUCGGGCCUGGGCAGCACAGCAGGGGUAGCCCUGAGGCAGCCAUCAGAGACAGAGACAGCGGAAUUAAAGGACACUUCUACCCUGGCCCCUACAGGCAUCCCAGCAGAUGGUCACCCACUUCAGAACCAGGAUGUCCCUAUAGCCCACCCAGACCAAGCCCAGGGCAAAACCCUGGAUGCCAGGACCUAUGAGCACCCAAGGGUGCAGACAGCCUCCAGCCCCACCCAGCUCCCUCUCCAGGCUUCUCAGGGCCAAACACCAGUCCCCUCCUCUCCCAGACUCCAGACCCAUGCCCUUUCCAUGGACCCAGCCCACCCCCCAGAGCAGCCUGUGGUGCCCACUCACCCCAGGGCCCAGCUCACUCCCCAUGUCCUUCCCCCUUUAAAAAGGGAAGGGCUCACGAAGCCCCCUGCUGCCACUGUCCUGCCCAUGGUAAAGAGCGAAGGUGUGAAAGUCCCUGGACAACCUCUGACUCCAUCCUCUACAAGAAGGGAGGCUGUCCCCAGCCCAGGAGGUCUUUCUGCUCCAUCCUCCCCAAGGAAUAAAUUUUUUCAGGACUCUAAAAAUGUCCCUGUCUUCUCCCCUACCCGGAAAGAGGUAGUGCAAGGCCCUGGUGCUCUUGCUGCCUCAUCCCUCUCAACCAAGGUUGUCCAGGGCUCCGAAGGCAGCCCUAGUAUCCAAAAAGAGGUUGUCCAGGGUAUUGCAGGCAGCUUUGCCCCUUCCCUCACCGAGGAAGAGACAGUCCAAGGCCCAGCUGCUCCUGCUCCCCUGAUCUCCAAACAGGAUAAGGUUGCCCAGGGUUCUGAAGGGAGUUCCAUCUCACCUCCCUCCCAAAAAGAGGUUUUCCAGGGCUCAGGUGCUUCUGCUGCCCCAUUUUCCACCCAGAAAGUGGUUUUCCAGGACCCUCCUGUUCUCCCUGCCCCAUCCUCCUCAGUGGACAAAGUGUACCCCAGCCCAGGAGACACCCCUGCCCCAGUGGCCACAGAAGCAGAGGCCAGCAUGGAGCCCCAGCUUGUGCCUGACCCCACUGAGGGCAAGAUGUGUCCAGAGCCAUCGAGGGAGGAGGAUGAGGUGGCCCUGGAUGCUGACCUAGAGAUUUUCCUGGAUACCCUGCGGAGCAUGGAGCCCCCUGAGAUCCUCCGCACCCACCGGCUGCCACGAGCCCCGCGCUCCUCCUACCUGGCCAUGUACGCCACGCUGCCUGCCAUAGAGGAGGACCAGCCUGGGCCUUGGGUGCUGGGCCCCGGGCCCCAGGAGGUGCCUGCACUGGAAGAGAAGGAGGAGGAGGAAGAGGAGGAAGAGCCGGAGAACCCCUACCUGAGUGAUGACGAGAAGCUCCAGCGCAGGCAGGAGAAGGCUGGGCCCAGCCCCUCCUGGGACCUGCGCCCCGCCAGGCCCAGCCAGGCCUCUUGCUCGCCUCUGGAGAUGAUGAAGAAGCACGUAGCAGGUGCCAAGGGCCCCCACCCAGAGCUGGGGCUGGAGCUGCAGGCAGGCAGCAGGCCCACUUCCCGUCUCGGAGGCAGCCUUCUUUUUGGCAGUCUGGUGCCUGCCACCAAGGAGGCCCCUGCCCCAGAACCACUGGGCACAAAGCUAUCUGCUCUGCCACCCCAUGGAGCACCAGGGCUCAGGAAGGUGCCAGGACAGUUGCCCCUGCUCUGCAGUGAAAGGCCACCGCCAGAGAGGCCCGCAUAUUCCCAGUCCCCAGAGGGGUGGAGCCCAGCCUUAAAGACCCAGGGCAAGCUGAACACCAGGCCUGGAAAGGUGAUCCUCUUCUCCGAGCCUGGCUGCCAAGGCGGCAGCAGGGAGGUCUGGGAAGACGUUGCUGACGCCACGGGCUGGGCUCACGUAGCCUCCAUACGGGUGGUGCGAGGCUGCUGGGUGCUGUACGAAGAGCCGGAGUUCCGGGGCCGGAAGAUGGUCCUGCCUGAAGGAGACGUGGAACUCAGAGCCCCGGGGCCAACGUGGGGCACGCAAGGCUUUGGCUCCCUAAGGAGGGUGGUCCGGGACUAUGGCAUCCCGGAGAUCAGCCUGUUCUCUGAGGAGGGCCUCCAGGGCGAACAGGUGAAGCUAACAGAGGCCUUGAAGGACGCCCAGGGCCUGGAGAAGCCCCUGAAGGUGGCGUCUGCCACUGUCUCUGCAGGACUGUGGCUGCUGUACCCCAAACCAUUCUUCGAAGACACCCCCUACAUCCUGGAGCCUGGAGAGUACCCCACCUCAGAGGCCUGGGGCACAACGGAGCCCAGUGUGGGCUCCCUGGAGCCCAUGAGAUUGGGCUGCCCAAGUGUGGAGAAGCCAGGGGAGCCCAAGGCUGUGGUGUAUGAGGCCCCAGGCUUUCAGGGUCGCAGCUGGGAAGUGAGCAGAGACAUCUACAACCUUCAGCAGCCAGAGGACAGCCAGAGCCCUCACCUGAUCUCUGUGGGGUCCCUGCGAGUUCUUGGGGGCUGCUGGGUGGGCUACGAGAAGGAGGGCUUCCGGGGCCACCAGUAUCUGCUGGAAGAGGGAGAAUACCCUGACUGGACACACUGGGGAGGCUAUGAUGAGUUGCUGACCUCCCUGCGGGUUAUCCGGACGGACUUCGGGGACCCGGCCGUGCUGCUGUUUGAGGCCACAGACUUCGAGGGGCACGGUGUGGAGGUGAGCAAGGCGUUGCCGGACGUGGAGCUGGUGCGACACGGACCCCGCACGCAGGCCAUCCACGUACUCAGCGGCGUGUGGGUGGCCUACCAGGAGGUGGGCUUCUCGGGGGAACAGUUCGUCCUGGAGAAGGGCGUGUACCGAAACUGCGAGGACUGGGGCGCGGGCAACAGCGCCCUCGCCUCGCUGCAGCCGGUCUUGCAGGUCGGGGAGCACGAAGUGCACUUUGUCUCGAAGAUUCAGCUUUUCUCCGGCCCCGACUUCCUGGGCGACCACAUCUCCUUCGAGGAUGACCAGGCCUCUCUGCCCGCCUCCUUCCACCCCCAGUCCUGCCGUGUCCAGGGCGGCAGCUGGAUCCUGUUUGAUGAGAAGAACUUUGAGGGUGACCAGCACAUUCUCUCUGAGGGCGAGUUCCCCACUCUCACGGCCAUGGGCUGCCUGGCCUCCACAGUCCUGGGCUCUCUCCGGAAGGUACCCCUGUACUUUUCAGAGGCCUCCAUCUUCCUGUACGGACUUGAGUGCUUCGAGGGGAAGGAGAUUGAGCUCAGCAGGGAGGUGCGGAGCCUGCAGGCAGAGGGCUUCAACAACCACGUGCUGUCCGUGCGGAUCAAGGGGGGCUUCUGGGUGCUGUGUGAGCACAGCGACUUCCGGGGCCGCCAGUGGCUGGUAGGCAGCUGUGAGAUCACCAACUGGCUGACCUACAGCGGCACGCAGAGGGUGGGCUCCCUCUACCCCAUCAAGCAGCGCCGGGUUUAUUUCCGCCUCUGGAAUGCAGCACUGGGGGGAUUCCUGGCGGUGCCAGACCACGUGGAAGACAUGAAGGCAGGCCGUGUGGUGGUCUCUGACCCUCGAGCUGGAGGCAGCUGCAUCUGGUACUACGAGGAUGGGCUGCUGAAGAACCAGGUGGCCCCAACCAUGAGCCUGCAGGUGAUCGGACCCCCCAGCCCAGGUUCCAAGGUGGUGCUGUGGGCUGAGAGCCGCCUGCCGCGCCAGACGUGGAGCAUCAAUGAAUCGGGCCACAUCUGCAGCCAGAUGUUCGAAGGCCAGAUCCUGGAUGUGAAGGGUGGCCGGGGCUAUGACCGGGACCACGUGGUGCUAUGGGAGCCGGCCAAGGAGAGGGUGUCCCAAAUCUGGACCAUCCACGUGCUUUGAACGCCUCCCACCCCCAGCCUUGGAGGUGUUUGCUGGGAUGAAUGUUUUUAUAGAGUUUUUGUUGUAACAUAAGCUAUUUUCUAAUAUGCUUCCAGGU